CGGUUAAAUCCAACCUAUUCACACAAUUUCCCUUUCUCUUCACAGGAAGAAUUAGCGGAAUAGCCAUGGAUCCCUACGCUGCUGCUCCAACCUACCCUCCACCACCUUCAGCGCAAAUUCAACCUCCAACCCAAGAUCCUUACCUCUACAAUCAACCACAACCUUACCCCUAUUAUCCUCCUCAAAUCCCCCAACAACAAUACCCUAAUCCUAAUCCUAAUCCUGUUUAUCAACCCCACCCAGAACAAGAACCCGCUCCGAUUCACCCUCCUGGUGUUCCAGUUCAGAAUGACUCUAAUCAUAUUGCUGCUUACCAGCAAGGCUAUGCUCAACCCCAUUUUCAGAAUGACCCUUACUACCAACAACAACAGCAACCGCAACCGCAGCAGUUGAGUUAUCCCGAUGCGGGUAUGGUACAUCAGGGUCAACAGCAAUGGCAGCCGCAGGGGCAAACCGGUGAAUUUGGGCUUACUGCGUUGUACCCACCGAACGGGCAAGGCCAGUUUAGCGGUAUGGGCAGAGGCACGGGCAGAGGAGGGUUUCGGGGCGGCGGUCAAGGAAGAGGCCGAGGCAAAGGGCGAAGUGGUAAAAUCACCACCGAGCCAAAACCACGAGCUAUGGCAUGGUGUGAACUCUGUCGAGUCGAUUGCAACACUCUUGAAAUACUCGAAAACCAUAGAAACGGGAAAAAACAUAAAAAGAAUCUAAAAAUCCAAGAAGAUUUACAAAAACUCGCAGCCAGAACUCAGGAAUCACAGAUUCCCCCCGCCCCGGAAUCAGAAGAACAACAGAAUCAGAAUGGGUUAAAGAGAAAGAUGAGGGAAGUGGAACGGAAACCGGUUGAGGCCGUGAAGAAACAGAAGGAAAUCGUACCGUUUAUUUGCGAGCUUUGUGAUGUGAAAUGUGAAUCGGGACCCACAUUUGACAGCCAUUUGAAAGGUAAAAAACAUGUUUUUAAUCUUCAAAGGUUUCAGGAACAGCAAGCUACUUUGGGACAGGCGGCGCUCCAGGCUCUUUAUCCUGCACUUGAAGCACUGUAUCCUGCCCUUCUUCAAACAGUUACUCAGAAUACUAAUGCUUCCACUUCUACUCCACUCGAUCAUCAACUUCUUCAAUGGCUGCAAUCUUAUUUGGCCCAAACCGGUUCCUCCAUUCUUCCACAAGUCCCAGGACCCGUACCUGUACCGGGUCCGGGUUUUGGAGCAUUGGGUCCGACCCAAGAAGGACCCGUACCCGUACCUGGUCCGGGUUUUGUGGUUCCGGGUGCGACCCAAGAAGGUCCAAAAGAGGUAACUGGGACCCAGGUGGAGCCUGUGAAGGAGACUGAAAUCAAGAUUGAAGAAAAAGUGGGACCCGAGAGUGGGACCGGGCAGGUUGAGUCGAAUAGGGCAGAACCAGAACAAGAACAAGAACCAAUACCAGAAGAAGAAGCAAAAGUAGAACCAAAAGCAGAAGAAGCAAAACAGUGAGAAUGUAUUUUUUUUUUUUUUUUGGAUAUGUAAA